AUGUCCAAGGCACCUGUCCUCAUCACUGGAGCAUCCAGUUUCAUUGGUGCUCAUAUCAUUGAUCAAUUUCUAUCCGAGGGUACUCCAGUCCGUGGUGUCGUUCGCUCUCAGUCUUCGGCGGAUCGAAUUCUCGAAGUGAAUUCUCAGCACUCUUCGCUCCUCAGUUUCGUUAUUGUCCCGGAUAUUACCAAGCCAGGUGCCUUUGAUGAGGCUGUAAAGGGUGUUGAUGGCGUCAUUCACAUUGCUUCACCAUUCACACCAAAGAUUGAAGACAACGAGAAAGACCUGCUUAUUCCGGCUAUCCAAGGCACUAUUCGAGUGCUAGAAUCGACGUAUAAACAUGCUCCUCAGGUGAAACGUGUCGUCAUCACUGCAUCUUUUGCCUCCAUCGUAGAUGUAUCGAAAGGCGUUCGGGACGGUUACGUCUACGAUGAGAAAGACUUCAAUCCUGCCACCUAUGACGAGGCCAAGUCUCAGGAUACCGACUUUGGCUUUGCUUAUUGCGCCUCUAAAGUGUUGGCUGAGAAAGCCGCUUGGAACUUUGUGGAAGAAAAGAAGCCUCAGUUUACCGUCACGGUCAUCAACCCUCCCGUUGUAUAUGGCCCUAACCGUCAUUACAUCGACGAUCUCGACAACAUCAAUACUUCAUCUGGCAUGUUCUACUCUCUUAUGAACGGCUCCCGGCUGGAGGUGCCUCCGACAUCUUUCUGGGCCAUAGUCGACGUUCGCGAUGUUGCCCUCGCCCACAAAGUGGCAUACUACAAGCCCGAAACAGCGGGGCAGCGAUAUCUGACCACGCUGGGUCGCUUUAGCUUCCAACAGAUCUGUGACAUCCUGCGGGAGGAGUUUCCCAACCUCCGUGGCCGCGUCCCAGUCGGCAGCCCCGGGGAGCCGAUCACCGGUGUCUACGAUGUGGAUAAUACCAAGGCCAAGAAGGAACUCGGCAUAGAGUUCAUUUCCCUGCGCCAACUGGUAAUUGACACAGCCAACAAUUUUCUGGACAUCGAAAAGCGCCUUGGCGUCCAGAUCGCGAACUGA